AUGUUAAUGGUCACUUUGAGGACAGAGAGAGAUCAUGCUGCUACAGAAUGUUUUUGUAAGACACCAAGUUUCGUUUCAAAGUUGACCUACGAACAGCAACAAAUGUUUUGGCAUUUGACUCCAUUUGCUUUUGACCUAAUAUUGCCAAAAUUUGAAUCAAUGAACCACGUACAAAUAGUGUCUGCCGAUAAUCUAAAUCAAACAGUCAAAAUUAAAUCGAGAGAAGGAGUAAUAGAAGUUUCCGACAACAAAAUAUGUGUUUGUUCAUUUGUAACAAGUUUGUGUUUACCUUGCCAUCACAUAUUCAAAGUUAGGCAAAUAAACAAUAUGCCAUUAUAUUGUCCAGAAUUGUGUGCAGAAAGAUGGUCGAGGAAAAUUAUAGUACUGUGUGUAGAGUAA